AUGACACCCAAGUCUUUCGUGAAAGAAACAAGUUCAAGUGAUUUUGUUGUUUCAAGAAGCGGCUUUCCUGUCAUCGACCUACGAUCCGAGACAGCAAGUUUGAGAAGCGAAGGCUGGGCCAGUCAGUUACAGAUGCACGUCCGCAAACUUGAUAUGGAAAGAUUGCACACCGCAUAUGAUGACGUAGAUACACUGCUUCUCUUCAUUGGCUACCCCAGAAGUCGCCAUACGCUUGUAUCUGCUCUGUUGGACGCACAUCCCAACAUAAUACUUUCCAACGAGUUAAAUUUGAUAGGAUCCUACAAGAAUAACCCAGACUGGAGGAAAAUAGAGAUGUUUGACAAAAUUGCCAAACGUUCAUACAUGUCGGCCACCUGGGGAAUCCGAGCAAGACAAGCAAAUGGCACAGUUUCCAAUUACGAAAAGCUUGGAUACAAAGUACCAAAUCAGUUUCAAGGAACAUUUGAUCAGAAGCUUAAGAUCCUUGGAGACAAAUUGGGUUGGUUUACAGCUUCCCAUUUGUCUACAGAAGUAGGCAGAGAUUUACUGAAACAACUGGAGGACAAAUUUAACGUCAGGGCAAAAAUUAUUCACGUGGUUAGGAACCCCUUUGACAACAUAUCAACAAUGGCGCUGAGACUGAGAGGAUUAAGAACAGGAGAACAUACAAAAAAGGUGCAUAUCCCAAAGGCGAUUGAUGACAGUAUAACGCGGUAUUUCUACAUCGCCAAUAAUUGCCAGGCAACAAGGGAGACUCUUGGAGAUCGAAUUAUUGACAUACAAGGGGAAGAAUUUGUUCGGGAGCCAACGAAGUAUCUUCGAAAAAUCUGCGACUUCCUGGAUAUCUCAUGCUCCGAAGAUUAUCUUCGUGACUGUGCGUCAAUGGUUGACCCUGUUCCAUCUAAAACUAGAUCGUUAGUUGUGUGGACGGAAAAGCAGAUCCAAGAAGUCAACAACCUAAUGCAGCCACUAGAAUUCUUGAAAUCGUACACUUUUUAG